AUGUGGGCAACCAGUAGUCUGUGCUUUUUCUUUGUUCAAUCUUGUAGUGAAAUUAUCUUCAAAUCAGUUCAGGGCUGCCUGGCGGUCCUCAGGGCUGCUACGGUGUGUCUCGGCCGGCGGCUGCGGCCAGCUCGGCGCGCAAGUGUCCCAUGCAGACGCAGCACCAAGCUCCAGGUGGAGAGGCAGUGGGAGGAAUCCGCCGACAGCCCGCCGACGUCUAUCCAGCAGGUAUUUUCCGACGUCCCACGUGAAUUCUACGUCUUCACCGUGCUACUGGGGGACCCGGUGAGCGCCGAAGAAGAUCUUGAGGAUGGUACUUGCGUACCUCAGACCGGGGUAGCAGUGGACAGCGUCGACGCCCCCCAGACAGAUGACGACGAUGACAUGCCUCAGCCCAUGGACGCCCCCCAGCCAGUUGACUACGUAGACGUGCUUUAGCCCGUCUACGUUUCCCAGCCAGAUGAUGACGAUGACGUGCCUCAGCCCAUCGACGCCUCUCAGCCGACUGACGACGAUGACGUGCCUCAGCCCAACGACGCUUCCCAGCCCGGAGAAGACGUCGAGGUGGAGCAGGAGAACACCACCGGUCCGGUGAACGCUGGUGAAGUAGAGGGCGUACCUGUCCAGCCCAUCGAGGUCGGACCGGACGAUGUCGACCCAGAUGUGGUGAAGAUUGUGGAACCACCCAAGCCCAUCGGAGACGUCGGGUUGCAGCUGCUAAGAUUCGUCCUGCGCCGUGGUUUUGAACCGGACUUGAACCACGUGGAGGACCACGUCUACUCUAUGACGAAGACGAGUCGGUAGAGGUCUUUGUACACCGGUUCGUACCUGUACACGCCAUCCAGGUCCAACCAAACCCCCAUGUGGAGCCACCAGAGAACGAGGCACCGAGCAUCCAUAGCUUCCCCGAGCUGCCUCAGCCCCUGAACCAGGCCGCGGAGGAGCAGGACGACAGCGACCCACCGGAGAACCUCUUCGGUGCUGCGACCGAGGACGUCAACAUGGAACUACCAUAGCCCCACGACGACGACAUGGAGGACGACGUAGAUAAAUGUUGUUCUCCUCUAAAAAAAAUUAAAUCGUUGAUUAAAUUGAUAACACAUCACUCUGUGUUUGGAAAAACUUGUUGCUGGCUGUAUUUUGUUGAAUGGAAAAAACCUGGUUUGCCACAA